UCCCCGUCGCCUCGGUGGAGGCCCAAAGCGAGGCCAGAGCGGGGGAGACUCCCACGACCCCUAAUCAGGGGAGCGUGGGCCCACGCCUGGAGUGAACGGAGCGCGCCUCUUCCCCACCUCCGCCUCGCCUAGCGGGCGGGUGGGGAAGCGCCCCAGGGCGAGCACAAGCCGAGGGGCGGGGCGAGUCGAGCGCCCGAACCGCCCCCGAGCGAGGUCUCGGUUCCGCGGCGGUGGCGCCCGCUAGAGUUGACGUUAGCCAUGGAAACGCGGAGAAGGCUCAGGCGCGAUCGCGGUGAGCCGGUUACCUGGCCACUAGAGCUUCUCUGCUUCUGCGUUCGGGUCGCAGGCAGCCUCCGGGCGGGAUCGCCCAACCCGGGUUUACCUGCAAAAAUGCAGUUCCCGGGAUUCCUUCGCAUCGCCUCUUUCCUCGGGUGACUCGAGAGACUGCUAUGUUCCAGAAGAGGAUGUGACUUUCAGAAUAAUCCUGAAUGAGAAGGAUGAGUCCAGAUGUGCCUCUGCUGAAUGAUUACAAACAGGACUUCUUUCUGAAGCGCUUUCCGCAGACUGUUCUUGGAGGCCCUCGAUUCAAAUUAGGCUAUUGCGCCCCUCCUUACAUAUAUGUUAAUCAAAUUAUCCUUUUUCUGAUACCAUGGGUUUGGGGUGGACUAGGAACACUCUUGUAUCAGUUGGGCAUUUUGGAAGACUAUUACACAGCAGCGUUUUCAGGUGGACUAAUGCUUUUCGCUGCAUUUAUCAUCCAGUUCACAAGUUUAUAUGCCAGAAACCAAUCGGUGACGGUAGAAAGAAUGCUAACCACAGAUAUCUUAGCAGAGGAAGAUGAACAUGACUUUACAAGUUGUGCUGGUACUGAGACUAUCAAAUUUCUAAUUCCUGGCAAGAAAUAUAUAGCCAAUACAGUUCUUCAUUCUUUUCUUGCUGGGUUAAUGUGUGGUCUUGGAACAUGGUAUCUGCUCCCGAAGAGAAUAUCCCUGCUGUAUGGCAGCACAGGAGGCACUGUUCUACUGUUUGUCUUUGGAUGGAUGACAUUAUGUAUAGGAGAAUAUUCAUUAAUUGUAAACACAGCUGCAGAGACUGCGACUUUCCAACCCCAGGAUACUUACGAAAUCACUCCUCUUACGAGACCUCUUUAUAUUUUUUCCUUUGUUUCUGUAGAUCUUGCACACAGGUUUAUGGUAAAUAUACCAGCUCUAGAACAAGUGAAUCAGAUUUUACACAUCUUGUUUAUAUUUCUACCCUUUCUGUGGGCACUCGGGACUCUGCCCCCACCUGAUGCACUUUUCUUAUGGGCAAUGGAGCAGGUUUUAGAGUUUGGCCUUGGAGGCUCAUCUAUGUCAACGCACCUACGGUUAUUACUAAUGUUCAUCAUUUCUGCUGGAACAGCGGUAACAUCAUAUUUCAUUCCCAGCACUGUUGGUGUGGUUCUUUUCAUGACGGGACUUGGGUUCUUACUGAGUCUUAACCUAAGUGACGUGGGUCUUGCCUUCAAACACAGUGUGACUAGACACAGAGUUGGAACCAAAUCUAAGCCUUUACCCAGUGAUUCAGAAAAACAGUUUACUUGGAAGGAGUGCCUUUUCUACAUCAUCAUUUUAGUCUUGGCUCUCAUAGAAACUAGUUUGCUGCAUCAUUUUGCUGGUUUCUCACAGAUUUCCAAAAACAGUCCUCAGGCUAUUGUUGGCUAUGUUUUGAUGAUACUGCUUAUAAUACUGUGGAUACUUAGAGAAAUUCAGAGUGUCUGUAUCUUUGGAAUUUUCCGAAACCCUUUCUAUCCAAAGGAUGUGCAAACUGUGACUUUAUUCUUAGAGAAGCAAACAAGGCUUGUGAAGAUUGGUGUUGUCAGACGGAUUUUGCUAAAUCUAGUGUCACCCUUUGCUAUGAUAGCAUUUCUUUCAUUGGACAGUUCCUUACAAGGGCUCCACUCUGUGUCUGUCUCCAUUGGAUUCACGAGAGCUUUUAGAAUGGUGUGGCAGAAUACAGAAAAUGCUUUAUUGGAGACAGUCAUUGUAUCAGUAGUACACUUGUUGAUCUCUAAUACAGAUGUGUGGUGGAACAGAAGCCUGGAUACAGGAAUCAGACUCUUACUGGUUGGUAUCAUGCGUGAUCGUCUGAUUCAGUUCAUCUCUAAGCUGCAGUUUGUUGUGACCAUACUUUUGGCAUCGUUGACUGAGAAAAAACGUCGAAAGUCAACCACCACUUUAUGUAUACUCAACAUUGUCUUCUCUCCAUUCGUGCUGGUCUUCAUCGUUUUCUCUACGCUGCUCUCCUCUCCCUUACUCCCCCUCUUCACCCUUCCUUUGUUCUUGGUGGGCUUUCCCCGACCUGUUCGGAUUUGGCCGGGAGCAGUGGGUGCCACAGCCUGCGUGUGUGCAGACACAGUGUACUACGCCCACAUGGUCCCACGUCUGACCGCUGCGCUGCAGGCUGCAAUGGCCACUGGGAGUUUAGGUCUCCUCUUACCUGGGUCUCAUUACUUGGGCCGUUUUCAGGAUCGUUUAAUAUGGAUAAUGAUUCUAGAAUGUGGUUAUACUUACUGCUGUAUUAACAUUAAGGGGCUAGAAUUGCAAGAGACAUCGUGUCAUACUGCUGAAGCUCAAAGAGUUGAUGAAGUUUUUCAAAGUGCCUUUGAACAAGAAUAUUCAAGAAUAUGUCCUCUGAAUGAACACUUUGGAAAUGUCUUGACACCCUGUAUUGUUUUGCCAGUAAAACUCUAUUCUGAUGCCAGGAAUGUUCUAUCUGGCAUAAUCGAUUCUCAUGAUAGUUUAAAAGAAUUUAAAGGUGACCUUAUCAAAGUACUUGUGUGGAUACUUGUCCAGUACUGCUCCAGAAAGCCCAGCGUGCAGGAGGUUGUUCACAAAACUGAAAAUAAAGGGAAAGCAUCUCUAAUAAUCCUGCCUGCUUUGAAUGCUUCACCACAAACCCAAUCCCCAGAAGACACAGAUAGUUUAAAUUCAGAAAUUUUGGAUGAUUGGUCUGAUGAUAAUGUUUUUGGUGAUGAGCCAACUAUCAGAAAAGGAAAAGAAGAAAAAGAUCAAUUAAAAGUUGUAUCAGGUAUAAAUUUGCCUAUUCCAGGAUCAGUAGAAUCACAGGGGGUUGGUGAUCAUUCUAUAGGCACAGUUCCUGAAAACAGUCUUUACAAGUCAGUUAUAUUGGGAUACCCUGUUGUUGACAAAGGAAAACAAAAAGAUGUGGCAUAUAUCCCUCUCGUGGAAUUCAGUUGUUCUCAUUCUCACUUGUUAAGCUUACCUGAAGAGUGGACAUCUAACUGUUUGCCUAAUUCCAAAAUGAGGGAGAUGAGCUCAUUAUUUCCAGAAGAGUGGUACCAAUUUGUUUUAAGGCAGUUGGAAUGUUUUCAUUCAGAACAAAAUGCUUCAAAUAUCCUGGAAGAAAUUGCAAAGGACGAAGUUUUAAAAGACUUUUAUGUUCAUGCAGUAAUGACUUGUUAUUUUAGUUUAUUUGGAGUAGACAAUAUGGUUCCCAGUCCUGGUCAUAUAUUGAGAGUUUACAGUGGUGUUUUGCCUUGGUCUCUUGCCUUGGAUUGGCUCACAGAAAAGCCAGAACUGUUCCAGCUAGCACUAAAAGCUUUCAGGUAUACUCUGAAACUAAUGAUUGAUAAAGCAAGCUUAGGUCCAGUAGAAGACUUUAAAGAGCUGAUUAACUGCCUUGAAGAAUAUGAAACUGACUGGUACAUUGGUUUGGUAUCUGAUGAAAAGUGGAAGGAAGCAAUUUUACAAGAAAAACCAUACUUGUUUUCUCUGGGAUAUGACCCUAAUAUGGUUUCAUAUCUGGCAUUGCAGCUCCAUAGAUGUGCUCCCCAUCAAAAAUAAUGAAAGUUGGUUUUAAAAAACAACCAUUUAAAGACUUGGAAAUGGUCCUAAGGGCAUAUGCAAAUGAAGAAACAUUUAUUCAAAAGUUUCAACUAAAACCCAGGAAGAAUAGUGAGAGACUAUUCCUUCCCAACUCAACAAGACAGAAACUCCUCAGACUGAUCUAAACAAGAAGGGUCUCCUCUCAUUUCAGCUCUUAGUUGGAAGACUGUUUUCCUGGGAGAGUCAGGGCUUCACAUUUCUUCUCUUACCUCCAGCUACCUGUUCUGAGGCUGGGUUCUGGGUAUGUGUACUUAAGAGAUGAGAAUUCCUUUCUGGCCAACCCAUCUCUUUGGAUAGAGGCUUUACUCUGGAGUUGGUGCCACUGAGAAUAAUGGGGCCCUGGCCACCCUUACCUCCUUGGAAGGUGGAGGUUUCACACUGGGAGAGGCAAGCCAAGAAGACCUGAGGUUACUGCUCCCCUUCUACCUCCUAAAGCAGAGGUGUCUCUCAGAGAGAAGCAUGCCAUUGUCUCACCCCCAGAUACGGAGCUCUGGCUAAGACAUUUUGCCCAGUGGGGGAAGCAGACCGUUAAAAACGGAGAACUCUAAAUGUCUCCCAAAGGAAAUUAUUUUACUUGCAACAGUGUGGAUACAUUGACACCUAAGAUGCUCUCAAAAACAAUGGAGCUUGUGGUAAAGAGUAAUUAAGGGGCUACUGGUAAAUUUGUUAGAGACAUAAACUAAACUGUAAGCCUAAUAGGUAAAUAGAACCAGGGAAAGAAACAGUAGAGAAGAGCCCUCCUGGGGUCAAAAAAUGUGCCCACGUUUAAUUGGAUCAGUCUAUGAAACAAUUCACUUCCCAGGUCAUUGUUGAAAACAUAAAGCAACCACCUGGCAAUCAUUGGAGCUUAGCAGCUGGGUGUGAGCAAUUAAUAGAUGAAGAGAGCCCUGCUAAAACCACUGCCAUCUCAUGGUAACUGUGGACAUUCACAAGGCUGCAGUCCCUGAGGAACCAAAAUCAAAGGCUUCACACUUGUGGGGGAAGUAGGGAUUAACUUCACUAAAGUCAUCCAGCCACUUACUAAACUAAUAAGCAAAUAAAUAACAAGCCCUGGGGUGGGGGAGGGCAGGGGUCAAUGCUCAGAAUUGUGGCGGUGUUAUAUAAAAUGUCCAGUAUUGAACACAAAUUAUAGGACAUAAAAAGAAACAGGAAAGUCAGACCCAAACACCAGGGGGGAAAAUUGCCUAUGAGUGAUUAGAUGUCAGGUUUAACAAAGAUUUCAAAGUAGCCAUUAUAAAAAUGUUCAAAGGACUGAAAGAAACCAUGCUUAGGGGUGCCUGGGUGGCUCAGUCAUUGGGCAUCUGCCUUGGGCUUGAUCAGGCUCCCUGCUCUGCGAGAAGCCUGCUUCUCCCUCUCCCCCUCCCCCUGCUUGUGUUCCCUCUCUCGCUUUGUCUCUCUCUGUCAAAUAAAUAAAUAAAAUCUUAAAAAAAAAAAGAAAGAAACCAUGCUUAAAGAAGAAAACAAAGUGGAUAUAGAAGGAAAAUACCUCAAUAAUAAGGUCACAUAUGACAGCCCACAGCCAACAUCAUACUCAAUGGUGAAAAGCUGAAAGCUUUUCCUGUAUGAUUAGGAACAAGACAAGGAUGCCACUCUUGCCACUUUUAUUCAACAUAGUAUUGUAAGUCCUGCCCCAGCAAUUAGGCAAGAAAAAGAAAUAAAGUCAUCCAAUUUGGAAAGGAAGAAUUAAAACUCUCACUAUUUGUAGAUGAAAUGAUAUUAUAUAUAAAAAGUCCUAAGUACUCUACCAAAAAACUUAGGAAUAAUAAGCGAAUUUAGUAAAGUUAACAGGAUACAAAAUCACUACACACAAAUCUGUUGUGUUUCUAUACACCAAUAACAAGCUAUCAGAAAAAGAAGUUAAGAAAAUAAUUUACAAUUACAUCAAAAAAAUAAAAUACCUUGGAGUAAGUUUAACCAAGGAAGUGAAAGACCUGUACAUUGAAAACUGUAAGACAUUGAUUCAAGAAAUUGAAGAAGACACAAAUGGAAAGAUGGAUUGGAAGAAUUAGUACUAUUAAAAUGUGCAUACUACCCAAAGCAGCCUACAGAUUCACUGCAAUUACUACCAAAAUUCCAGUGGCAUUUUUCACAGAAAUAAACAGACAAUCCUAAAAUUUAUAUGGAACCACAAAAGACCCCUAAUAUCCAAAGCAAUCUUGAGAAAGACCAAAGGUGGAAGCAUCAUGCUUCCUGAUAUCAAUGUAUUGUUAGGCCUGUAUCAUAUAGAAGUGUGAUAUAUUUGCCAAUAAUUGCAGAAUGGAAGUCAGUGGAAACAAAGUUGUAUUAAGCAAAAGAAAUGAUUCCAGAUGAUAACUUGAAUCCAUAGGAAUAAAGGAGAACCAGAAAUGAUAAAAAGUUAAUGUAGCAAAAGCAAUAAAUAUAUACUUGUUCCCUUUCAGUUUCUUUAAAAGACAUAAAAGUAUGUAAAAUGGUAAUUAUAACAAUAUAUUAUUAGGCUUGAAACACUAUAGAUGUAAUAUGUAUAACAAUACCACAAAAAGGGGCAAAAGGAGAAUAGAAUUAUACAGGAUUAUUGUUUCUUAUCUCACCAGAAUUAGUGUAAACUAAUGCUGAUUCUGGUAAGUUAUUUAUGGCAAGCCCUAGAGCAACCACUGAGGAAAUAACUUAUUUUAAGUGAAAAAAAAUCAUUAAAUUAAAAUUCUUUAUUAGAAGAUAUACACUCAAUGCAAAAGAAAGCAGUGAAAGAGGACUAGAGAGACAAAAAAAAGUUGAGAUAUAGAAGACAAAAGGAAAAUGACAGACUUAAAUCCUGCUAUAUCAAUAGUAACAUUAAAAGAUUAAACAGCUGAAAGGCAGAGAUUGUCAGACUGGAUAAAAGAACAAACUGAAGGGGCGCCUGGGUGGCUCAGUCAUUAAGCGUCUGCCUUCGGCUCAGGUCAUGAUCCCACAUUGGGCUCCCUGCUCCGUGGAGAAGCCUGCUUCUCCCUCUCCUACUCCCCCUGCUUGUGUUCCCUCUCUUGCUGUGUCUCUCUCUGUCAAAUAAAUAAAUAAAAUCUUUAAAAAACAAACAAACAAACUGAAAGUAAAAGGGUGAAAAAGGCAUAUCAGGCAAGCAGCAACAACAAGAAAGCUGGAGUACCUAUACUAUUGUCAGAAAAUAAUAGACUUUGAAAUAGAAAAUGUUAUUAGAGAUUAAGAAGGACAUUUUAUAGUGAUAAAAGCAUCAGUCCAUCAGGGAGCUAGAACAAUUAUAUACGCAGCUAACAAUGAACCACCAAAAUAUAUGAAGGAAAAUUGACAGAAAUGAAGAGAGAAAUAGACAAUUCAACAAUAAUAAUUUAAGACUUCAAAACCCUACUUUCAGUCAUAGAUAGAACAAAUAGGCAGAAGAUCAACAGAAAACAGAAUGCUUGAACAACACUAUAAACCCAAAACACCAAACAGACAUCUAUAGAAUAUUCCACCUAAAAACAAUAGGUUUCCAUGUACACUUCUGAAGUGUACAUGGAACAUUCUCCAGGAUAAAUCAUAUGCUAAUACAUAAAACAAACAAUACAUUUCAAAGGAUUGAAAUACUAAAAAGUUUAUCCUCUGACCAGAAGGAAAUGAAAUUAAAAAUCGGUAAGAGAAAGAUAUUGAGGAAACUAGCAGAUAUGUGGAAAUUAAACAACACAUGCCUAAGUCGCUAGUAGUCAAAGAAGAAAUGAGAAUAUACAUUGAGAUGAAUGACAAGAAGACACAGUAUACCAAAACUUGUGAGAUGCAAUUAAAGCAGUCUUCAGAGGAAAAUUCAUAGCUUUAAAAUGCCUAUUUAAAAAGAAGAUUUCAAAUCAAUGCUUAACCUUCCGCCUUAUAACACUGGAAAGAGAAGAGUAAACUAAACUUAGAGAAAACAGAAGAAAGAAAUUAAUAAAGAUAAGAAAGGUUAUUAUGAAAUAGAAAAUGAAAAAAAGAGACAUUACUACUGACCUUAUAGAAAUAAAAAUGAUUAUAAAGGAAUACUGUGAAUACUUGUAUGCCAGCGAAUUAUAUAACUUAGAUGAAAUGGACAAAUUCCUACAAAUACAAACUACCAAAACUGACUCAAGAAGAAAUAGAUAAUCUGAACAGAUCUAUAACAACUAAAGAGAUUGAAUUAGUAAUCAAAAUACUAACUGUAAAAAAAAUCUGAAAACUAUAUGGCUUUGUUACACAAUUCUACCAAGUAUUUUAUUUUAUUUUAUUUUAAGACUUUAUUUAUUUAUUUGACACAGACAGCGAGAGAGAGAACACAAGCAGGAGGAGUGGUAGAGGGAGAAGCAGGCUUCCUGCUGAGCAGGGAGCCUGAUGCCGGGCUUGAUCCCAGGACCCUGGGAUCAUGACCUGAGCCGAAGGCAGACACUUAAUGAUUGAGCCACCCAGGCGCACCUCCCCCCCCACAAGUAUUUUAAAGACUAAUACCAGUUCUUCACAAACUCUUCCAAAAAAAAUAGAAGUAAAAGCACUAACCAAUGCAUUUUUUAAAGCCUGUAUUACCCUGAUACCAAAAGCAUAUAAAAACAUUACAAGGAGGGAAAACUACAGACUAAUAUCUUUUAUCAAGGUGGAUGCAGAAAUUUGUAACAAAAUAAUAGCAAACUGAAUCCAGCCACGUAUAAAAAGAAUUAUACCCCAUGACCAAGUGGUAUUUAUCCCAGGAAUUCAAGGUUUCUUUAACAUUGAAAAACCAAUUAAUGUAAUAUACCAUAUCAAUUGAAUUAAAAAAAAAAACAUGUAAUCAUCUCAGUAGAAACAGAAAAAGCAUUUGACAAAAUCCAAUACCCUUUCAUACUAAAAAUAAUUAAACUAGGAGUAGCAAGGAGUUUCAUCAAUUUGAUAAAGGCAUCUAUGAAAAACCCACAGUUAACAUCAUACUUAUUGGUGAAAAGCUGAAUGCUUCCUUUAAGAUCAGUAGUAAGACAAGGAUUUCAUUCACCAUUUUUAUUAAACAUCAUAUUAGAGAUUCUAGCCAAGGUAAUUAAGCAAGAAAAAAGAGAUACUCAGAUUAGAAAAGAAGUGAAAUUAUCUCUGUUCACAGAUAGCAUGAUCUUGCAUAUAGAAAAAUCUAAGGAAUCCUCUAAAAAACUUAAAACUAGUAAGUUCAGCAUGGGUACAGGAUACAAGAUAAACAUAAAAAAAUCUAUUGUAUUUCCAUACACUAGGAAUGAACAAUCUAAAAAUGAAGUUAAGAAAACAAUUCUACUUAAUAAUAGGAAGAAAUUUAACAAGAAAAACAUGAAACAUGUUCUCUGAAAACUAUGAAACAUUGUUGAAAGAAAUAAUUUAAGAUUUAAUAAAAUGAAAAAACAUCCCAUGUUCAUGGCUCAAAAUGAUACAACAAUACUCCCCAGUUGAUUCACAGAUUCAGUACAAUCCCUAUCAGAAUCUCAGCUGGCUUUUUUGUGAUAUUGGCAAGCUGAUUCUAAAAUUUGUAUGGAAUUUCGAAGGACCCUGAAUAUACAGAACAAUCUUUUUUUUUUUUUUUUAAGAUUUUAUUUAUUUGACAGAGAGAGACAUCGAGAGAGGGAACACAAGCAGGGGCAGAGGGAGAGGGAGAAGCAGGCUUCCCACGGAGCAGGGAGUCCGAUGCCAAACUCGAUCCCAGGACCCUGGGAUCAUGACCUGAGCCGAAGGCAGACACUUAACAACUGAGCCACCCAGGCACCCCUAUACAGAACAAUCUUAAACAAAACUGUCAGACUAACACAAAUUUCGUAACUUUGUACAAACCAACAGUAAUUAAGACAGUAUGGCAAUAGCAUAAAGAUAGAGAUAUAAAUCAAUGAAAUUGAAUCAAAAUCUAGAAAUAAAUCCAUAUGGCUAUGAUCAACUGAUUUUAACAAGGGUGCCAAGACCAUUCUAAGGGGAAAGAAUAGUCUUUUCAACAAAUGGUGUUGAGACAGAUAGCCACAUUCAAAAGAAGGUCAUUGGACCCUGUAUUAGUUUUCAGAGCUGCUGCAACAAAUUACUGCAAACUGGGUGGCUUAAAACAACACAAAUUUAUUCUCUCACAGUUCUGGAGGUCAAAAGCUUGAAAUCAAGAUGCCAGCAGGGCCAAUCUCUGUACAGAGGCUUUAGGGGAGAAUCUUGCCUCUUCCAGCAGCUGGUGACUCCUGGUAUUCCUUGGCUUGUGACAGCAUAACUUCAAUCUCUAUUUCUGUCUUCACAUGGACACCUUUCCUAUAUCCCCCUAUGUCAGUUCUCCUGUCCCUUUCUAAGGACACCAACCACUGUAUUUAGGGCCACCUAAAUUGAGGAUGAUCUCAUCUCAAGAUUCUUAAUUACACCUGCAAAGACAUAUUUCGAACAAGAUUUACAGGUACCAUGGAUUGAGGCUGAGAUACAUCUUCUUUGAGGGAUACCAUUCAACCAACUGCAGGCUGUUACUUCAUACUAUAUACAAAAAUGAACUCAAAAUAAAUCAAAGACCUAAAUAUAAGAGCUAACACCAUAAAAAUCAUAGAAGAAAGAGUGAAUCUGUAUGAUUUCAUAUAUGGAAGUGGAUUCUGAGAUAUAACACCAAAAACAUGAAAACAAAACAAAAAUAGAUAGGACUUAAUCAAAAGUAAAAACUUUUGUGCUUCAAAAGAUAUAAUCAAGAAAGUAAAAAGACAACUCACAGAA